AUGGAAGACGACGACAACAAGCAGGAGCAAGGCAGCCCCUCAGAGGAGCAGAGCAAGAGGGCCAUUGGAGAUCAGGCGGCGGUGGCAGAUAUAGAUCGGGAGUACGGUUGCCGGUACUGCCACAAGAAAUUCAGCAACAAGCAGGCACUGGGCGGCCACCAAAAUGCGCACAAAGUAGAGCGGGCCAUGGAGAAGAACAUGCAUGACAACAACUACUAUGUCGAGGGCACGGGAUCCCGUAUGACUGUACCCACCCCUUUCUUCGGUCCGUACCACUACCGCCAUGAUCUCCCGCAAAGGUCUCUCUUCGCCUACAACCACCGCCCCUCUGGAAUGUUGGCUGUGGCCCCAUGCCUUCCUCCUUUCCAUAUCCGCCCCAGUCCCAUGGCCCACGCCCAGAACUUCAGGCCCGUAUUUAAUCAGGCCCCACCCCUGGGCUUCGCUGAAUACCUCGUCCAGCCCGGCCACCUAAAUACGAGGAAUGUUCCGGGAAACCAGUAUGAUGAAUCAGGCUUGGAUUUGUCUCUGAAAUUGUGA